AUCAAUAGAGGAGGCCUGCAGCACUUUGUGAGGCAGGACACCCAGCCCCUUAGCACUCUGACACCAAGCCCUGAGGGAAGGCUGGAGUGUUAUUAUUGGAUGCGUGGGAUCACUGCUGCUGGUGUGGGUUUGUUUACAGCUUCACUUACUUCACAGAGCUGAGAACUUGCCCUGCACCAGACCAACCCCCACUCCCUCCCCUGUGCCCAUCACCCCAUGCCCUGCCAGCUCUGAGAGAGUCCCUAAUGAGGUGAAUCUGCAGCCCACUCUGCCCGCAUUCCUCCUUCUCUGUAGGAGCCAUUCCACGUUGUAAUGGAAACUCAGUCUCUGGAGCGGCAAAUCCAAAGUGUGCAACGUAACAUUGACUUCCUAAAAAAGGAACAGCUGGAAUUAUUACAUGAUCUUCACCAGGAGAUCCUGCGACUGCAGAAACGUUCCACGGAGCUUACGUUGGAACUAGAAUUGAAGCAAGUAGACCUUUUCCAGCAAGAUCUUUUUGAACAAGAGAUGGAGGAAAAAUGCCGGAUCCUGGAAGCAAGAUACAUUGAAAAGGAAAAAUUUACCUCUGAGCUAAAGAAAGAUCUCUAUCACCGGGAAAAUAGAGUAGCUGCACUAAGAUCCAAACUGAGGGACAAGGAGAGGAGAUUCUUGGAUGAGCUGAAAAGAAGAAGUCAUCGAGUGACGAUCCUCAACACAGAGUUGCAGAAGCAGACGGAAGCUACAGCAUAUUUGUCAUUUCAACUCCAUACCACCAAGCAGAAGCUUCUCAGUCACCAACAAGACACUGAGAUGUUUUUUCGGCCUAUUGACUUCACUGUACUUAAGCAACCGUAUAAUGAAGGGAAGGGAAAAAGGAAAACCUAUAAGAACCACAGUGUUUGGCGGCAGAUGUCAGAGUGCACGACAGCCAAAGUAUUAUCAAGAGACUCAUUUCAAAGAGAGCAAAUAACUAGCUUUGACGAUCUGGAACCUAUGCCAGAUCCAGCCCUGUUUUUAUAUCCCAAGAGGCAUGUUCCUCCUCGUCGGCACAGAUCAGAGUCCAAAUCCUCUAGCUCCCACCAUGGUGGUGCCGUAGGACUAAAUACUCAAUGUCCCGAAACGUUUUCAGCAGAAAAUGAUAAUCUAUCACCUAACAUUCCAGUCGUUAAAGCCAAGCUCCCAAAAAGUGAAAGGGGGAAACAGCAGUCCUUAGCCCGGCAUGAUUCUAGAGAUUCCGAGUAAAAUAGGACAGAUUAUUAAUACAAUAAUUACACAAAUUAAAUAUAUGUAGUAAAUAUUGACCGGAAAUAAUCUAGACAUAAAACUCGUCCUUGGCCUAUAUAUCCAUAUACAACAUGGAUAUAUUAAAGGCUGUUAUUUUAAUAGCAUUUAUUAUUGCUGUCUUCCUCUUUAUGCUAGUUUUCUUCAUGUUGUAUAUAGGCUGUACAGGACUACCAGUAUAAAAAAAAUAAUCUUUUUUUGGAUGUGUUGCCUAUAGAUUUACUUGUCAUAGAAGCAUCCUCUUUUGCUAUAGCUCUAUUUUUCUACCAAUGUUUUUGCUUUGAGAUUAUGGUGUCUGUUGCAUGAUGCAUAGUCCAGCACUGCAAUGUCUACAGGAGAAAUGUUCUUUGACCUCAUACACACAAUCAGGAUUGAUCCCCUUUGAAAAUGUAUGCAAGAAGGACAAAUCACAGCAUCAUUCUGUAAGGCAGGUUGUUCUCAUAAAUGCAAUUUGAAAUGGGGACAUAAGAAAAGAAGAAUUGAAGAAAACGUGGCUAUUCUUUUAGAAUUUAGAAAGCGCUGACUAUGGAAUACCCUAUAGAUCUUAUAUAAACUGCUGGGUAGAUAAUGAAAUCAAGGUGUAUAAUCAAGUGUACGGUAAAGA